AUGUGUGGGACACCUACAAAUUUGCAGUGGGGAAAAAGUGCAAACAAUGUAGUUUCACCAGAAAUCAAGGACAGAAUCCGCGAACAUAUAAAUUAUUUGCCUCGUGUGGAUUCCCACUACAAUAGGGAGAACAAAAAAAAAGAAUAUUUGGCGGAAGGUCUUAAUGUCACAAUUCUUUAUGAAGAGUAUGUGAAACAGUGCUCCAGUAAAGGAGUCACACCUGGUAAAAUCCAUCUGUACCGACAAAUAUUCAAUGACAAAUUUAACAUUGCCUUCCAUGUACCCAAAAAGGAUAGAUGUGAUACAUGUGAGGCAAUGAAAAUUCAGAAUAAUCCAGCUGAAGAAGACCAACAAAAUUUUGUAGCUCACCUAAGAGGGAAGGAGGAAACAAAGACUGAACGAGACAAUGAUCGAAAGGAUAAUAACAAAUUUACAGUGUGUUUUGAUUUGCAAAAUGUGUUUGCCUUGCCAACAGCUGGAGUAUCAAAAUUUAUCUACAAGAGAAAGCUUAAUGUAUACUUCAUGACCAUCCACUGUUCAGCAGAUAAGAGAGGAUAUGGAGCAUUGUGGCACGAAGGGCAAAGUGGUCGAACUGGGAAUGACAUGGCCAGUUCAGUUCCAAAGAUCCCAGAAGCUGUUGUUGAAGAAAAUUCAGAUGAUCCAAGAGUAAAGAACAUCACUUUAUGGAGUGAUUCUUGCAUUCCUCAAAAUCGAAACAGUUUUUUUUUCUACUGCUAUGAAAAUGUUCCUCAAAAAUCAUCCUGA